AUGUCGGACCCCCAGGCGAACGAGGCCGAGAAGAACAUCGAGAUAUGGAAGGUCAAGAAGCUGAUCAAGCGCCUCGAGGCCGCUCGUGGUAACGGCACUUCUAUGAUCUCGCUCAUCAUUCCCCCCAAGGAUCAGAUUUCCAGAGCCGCCAAGAUGUUGGCUGAAGAAUACGGAACUGCGUCAAACAUCAAGUCUAGAGUUAACAGACAGUCAGUGCUUUCGGCCAUUACCUCGACCCAGCAGCGUCUCAAGCUGUACAACAAGGUCCCUCCCAAUGGCUUGGUCGUCUACUGUGGUGAAAUCUUGACCCAGGAAGGCAAGGAGAGAAAGGUCAACAUCGACUUCGAGCCUUUCAAGCCCAUCAACACCUCCCUCUACCUCUGUGACAACAAGUUUCACACCGAGGCUUUGGCCGAGCUGCUCGAGUCGGAUCAGAAGUUCGGUUUCAUCAUCAUGGACGGUAACGGAGCCCUUUUCGGAACCCUUUCCGGAAACACCAGAGAAGUUGUGCACAAGUUCUCUGUCGAUCUUCCCAAGAAGCACGGCCGUGGUGGUCAAUCCGCUCUGCGUUUUGCUCGUCUUCGUGAGGAGAAGCGUCACAACUACGUCCGCAAGGUUGCCGAGUUGGCCGUCCAGAACUUCAUCACCAACGACAAGCCCAACGUCGCUGGUCUGAUUCUGGCUGGUUCUGCCGAUUUCAAGACUGAUCUCAACGCCUCCGACCUGUUUGAUAACCGUCUGGCCACCAAGGUCAUCAAGGUUGUUGACGUUUCCUAUGGUGGUGAGAACGGUUUCAACCAGGCUAUUGAACUUUCCUCCGAGACCCUCGGCAACGUCAAGUUCAUCCAGGAGAAGAAGCUCAUUGGAAAGUACUUCGAGGAGAUCAGCCAGGACACCGGUCGUGUCUGCUACGGCAUUGAGGAUACCCUCAAGGCUCUGGAGCUGGGUGCCGUGGAGGUUCUCAUUGUUUUCGAGAACUUGGAGAUUACCCGCUGGAAGCUUAAGGACAGUCAGGGCGCUGAGCACACCUUGCACACCACCAAGCAGCAGGAGGGCGGUGACCGUGCCAUCUUCAUGGACAAGGAGACUGGCCAGGAGAUGGAAGUUGUCACCCAGGAAUCCUUCCUCGAGUGGAUUGCAGAGCACUACAAGGACUUCGGUACCAACCUCGAGUUCGUCUCUGACCGUUCCACCGAGGGCAACCAGUUCGUCAAGGGCUUCGGUGGUAUUGGUGGUAUUCUCCGCUACAAGGUGAACUUUGAGCAGUUGAAUGAGGUUGACGACGACGAUGACUACUACGACGGUUCGUGA